AAAAAAAGAGAGAGAGAGGGGGGUAUUAUUUAAAGCCCUUGUUCUUUUACUUUUUUUUUGUUUCUAGUAUGAUGCUUACUUUAUUAAGACGACAAAAUGUGUCCAAGAACAAUGCUAUCCGAGCAAUAACACGCUUCAACCAUACUGGAUCUGCUGUUACUGAUCAAGAUCUCAUUCAUCGUGUUGAUUUGAGAGUUGGCAAGAUUGUCCAUAUUGAAGCUCACUCAGAAGCACAACACUUGUUUAUCGAACAAGUUGAUUUGAAUACAGAAAGCACUGAGGCGAUGCCUAAUCCUCGUACAAUUGUCAGUGGACUUGCUCCUUACAUGUCAAUGGAUUCUAUUUUGAACAGAAAGGUGAUUGUAGUGAGUAAUUUAAAACCAAGUAAGUUUCGAGGUGUUUUAUCGCAAGGCAUGUUGCUCGCUGCUUCAUCCAAUGAUAACAAGACAGUAAAACUAUUAUCUCCUCCCGAAGAAAGUGUGAUUGGAGAAAGAGUGGCAUUAGAGGGUGUUAAUUGGCAAGGACUUGUUGAUCCUGUUCUUAAACCCAAACAAAAGGUAUUUGAGCAAGUAGCAGCAUCUUUCAAGACAAACAUAGAUGGUAUUGCUACCUAUAAAGGCAUUAUUCUCAAAACAAGUGCAGGACCUAUUACUUGUGAUAUCAAAGAUGCUCAAAUCUCUUGAUAAUAAAAG